AUGAGACUCAACCGAGGACGUGACGUCGACAACCGCAGCGCGAGGUACGGACGAUCGAAAAACCUCCUCUUGGUCGCCGUCACUCACCACUGCUCACCAACAGCAACAACAGCAGCAGCAGCGGCGUCGGCCAAGGCGAUGGCAAUGGCAAUUAGUCUCUCCACGUCAGCAGCGAAGGCGAUGAAUCGAACGCGAUCGCGGCCGAACCUCAAAAACUCGCUGGCUACCAGCCGUCGCUGGUGA